AUGAACACAUUCUUCACCCUCCUGCCGACCAUGCAGCUGGUCUGCUCGAGUGCCGCGUCAAGUCAGAACUAUCGCUAUCGACUGGCUGCUAUCAAUGAAACGCUUCACCCAGUCUCACUCGACCAGGUUAACGGCACGGUCACGAACGCCUCAUCACUAGUAGAUGACAGUCUAGGCAAUGCCAUCUUCACUGGCCCGUCGUCGGCCACAUAUGACUUCGGAAGGAACAUAACGGGCAAUAUUACGCUCACAGUCGGUGAUGUCGAUGCAGAUCAGUAUAUAGGUGUCCACUUCACUGCGAUCAAUGCCUCAGCCAGCGAUGGAUGCGCCGAGAUCACAUCCAUCGGCACCAACGAAACGUUCUGGUUCUUUGCCACCGGACCUGGCAACUUUACUGUCCCACGUCAGCACGAGCGAGGCAGUUUUCAGCAUUUGAGCUUGCUGCAUAACACCACGGGUGGUAUUCAGGUGCAGCAGAUUACUGUGCAGUGA